AUGUGUGAUACUACCAAUCCUUCGACGCAAAGUAUAGCGGACUACUUAGCCCAGUUGCUCAAAGACAGGAAGCAACUGGCUGCGUUCCCGAAUGUUUUCAUGCACAUGGAGAGACUUCUGGAUGAAGAAAUAGCAAAAGUGCGAGCGAGUUUAUUCCAAAUAAAUGGAGUCAAGAAAGAACCACUAGUUCUGCCAGAACCCGAUGGCAUGGUCACCACACUCACAGAAAAAGUAUAUGUUCCAGUAAAAGAGCAUCCAGAUUUCAACUUUGUGGGAAGGAUUCUAGGACCCAGAGGUAUGACAGCAAAGCAGUUGGAACAAGAAACUGGAUGCAAAAUCAUGGUUAGAGGCAAGGGCUCAAUGAGAGACAAGAAAAAGGAGGAUGCGAAUAGAGGCAAGCCAAAUUGGGAGCAUCUGGCUGACGACUUACACGUACUUCUUACAGUAGAAGAUACGGAGAACAGAGCAAAAAUCAAGCUGGCUAGAGCCGUAGAAGAAGUUAAACGUUUACUCGUGCCCCAAGCGGACGGCGAGGAUGAACUGAAGAAACGUCAGUUGAUGGAACUGGCCAUUAUUAAUGGCACAUAUCGCGACUCUAGCACGAAAGCUGUCGUGCCCGUCAACGGUCAGUGCCUAAUAACUGAUGAAGAAUGGCGACGUGUGGCUGCUGAGACUCAACGGCUGCUGGCACCUGGCGGCGGAGUUGGUGGCGUCGGGAGCGUGGCUUUGCGCACUCCUGCACCCUUGGGAGCACCGCUGAUUUUAUCACCUCGUAUGUCCCAGGGACCUCAAGGUCUCUUGAACGGUACAGGCGCUGGUGCUGCAGCUGGUCUACUAUCACCGGGAGAGCCAGCUCAUCAGCUGAUUUACGCAUCACCAUACGCUGAGUAUGCUAACUACGCAGCGCUGACCAAUCCUUUGCUGACUGCAGAGUACGCAGCCGCCGACCAUACGGGUCUCGUGCGGAGGGCGGGUCGGCUGACGCAAGUGAGGGAGCACCCUUACCAGCGCACUGCCUUACCGGCGCCUUAA